GGUAGGGUAUUGCCCACAAAAAUACAGCAAGCCCUGUGCAGUGAGCGGUCCUGUCCACGCAGUGAGCAUCACUUUCAGAGCUUCGAGCUGAUACACAGCGUCUGGCUGGUGGAUACAAGACAGGAGACAAGCAAAUCAAGACGGCAAAAAUGUUUAAUCAAACUGGGGACCAGUUGACUACUGAGAUGACCUCACCCUCACCUCCAUUUUCUAACAGCUAUGCUACCACAGACAACAACACUAUCAUGGACUCCUCCACCUCCUCUGUGUCAGACCAAAUUGCAGCUAACACAAUCAUCUCCAAUGCAAACUCCGUUUACAGUUUCUUCGCAGGUCUGGGUUUCCUGGCGGGCUGCUUCCUGCUCUAUAGCUUCAUCCAUACCUACAGAGCCCAGAGACGGCUGGCCUGGCUCGACUGUCUGCUCUGGGCCUUUUGUGGCUUCCAGCUGCUACUCCUGUUCCUCUCUCUCCAUGCUGUGGCCUACAGACCUAAGUACCUGAUGACCACAGCUCUGGGCUGUGCUGCUCUCUCCUUCAUCAUCAACACAGCCUCUCUGUGCGGCCUGUUUAUAUUAGUGCUCAUGGCUUAUGUGCUAACCUUUGAUCCGCCAUCCCACGCCCUGCUGCGGAAGCCUGUUGUCUGUGCGCCUCUGGUGAUCCUGACUUCUUUCGUCAUCUCUCUGCUGCUGGCUGGGAUUCGUGAACCCAGCCAUGAUCUGCAGGAAACAGUUACCUGUUUUAUGGAUCCAGCCCAAGCUGGUGUUUCAUAUGCAGCAGCUAAACUGUGCCUGGUUUUUCUGAUUCCCUACAUCCUCCAAUUGGGACUUCUGAUAGGUGGCUGUGUCCGGCAGUGGAAAUCUAAAGGACGUUUCCUGUCCGGCUCUGAGGAGGGUCCUGUGUUCGUGACAGUCACUGUGGUCAUUUUUCUCUGUCUGCUGUUCUACAGCGUGGCUCUGGUGAGAGGAGCACAACUACAUGCGGCGGGGAAGAUGAGCUAUCGUGAGCAAGCGUUUCUGAGCACGGCUGAGUUUGUACUGUUCUCAGGGAGCAGUGCCAGCCUGCUGCUUGUGCUGUUCAUGCACAGGCUGUGUCGAGAGAGUCUCCAAGGAGUGUUUAGGCAGCUGAGGGGCUGCUGUCGAAGCCGAGGGCGCACACAGCCCAACAGAAACAUCACACCACACAUCGAGAUCACAGACACCCUGCAGGACACGGAGUCAUAGAGGACAAAAACCAUCCGAUAUGAAGGCAGAACUCUUCUGAUGCAUCAAAGACUUUUGAGAUCUGUUGUAUUGGUCAUUUUGUUCAUGCUUUUGCUGUUUGUUUUUAUCUUAAUUGACUGUGUAAAUGUUUUUGUAUACAUGCAUCCUCCCUUUUAAGGACCUGAAAGUUUGUAAAACUUUUUUUUUUUAAAG